AUGGACGCCUCCUCCCUCCGCAUCUCCAAGUUCGAUGGAACUAACUUCCACGCCUGGAAGUUCAAGAUGCAGAUGGUGCUGGAGGAACGGGACCUAUGGGAGGUCGUCAGCGGUGAGAUCAAGGCGGAACAGUGCGAGACUCAGUUGGACCAAGCGACGUACAAGAGGAAGUCAAGAAAGGCGAUGGCAGUGAUCUGUCUAGCCAUGGAAGAUUCCCAGCUACCGUUGGUCCGGUCGGCAAGUGGUGCAUGCGACGCAUGGUCAAGGUUGGAAGACCACUUCGAGAAGAAGAGUCUUGCCAACAAGCUGUUCUUGCGCCGUCGCUUCUUCACGACAAUGAUGGAAGAAGGCGACGAUGUGCUCGAACACAUCAACAAGCUCAAGACGCUGGCGGAACAGCUAGAAGCGGUGGGGGCUCCAGUCUGCGAGGACGAUCUGGUGAUCACACUCCUCGGCAGCCUGAGUGACUCGUAUCAAUUCUUGAUCACAGCUUUGGAGUCGCGCUCAGACACUCUUAGCUGGGAGCUCGUGACGUCUCGACUGCUUCAUGAAGAAAUGAAGCGGAAGGAGCAAGGAAGUAAAGGUGAUGAAGCUUCGCAAGGUCAAGCGUUCAUCACAAGGGACAAUCAGCGCAAAGGGCGACCAGUGAAGAAGUCCUGGCCGUGCCACAAUUGCGGAAAGAUUGGUCACUGGAUGGCGGAGUGCCCCUCGCGCAUCCAAGAAAACACGGAGAGACACCGGCCACAGCGUGCUCAAGACAGCGGCGACCGCUAUCGAUCACAACGUGCAAACGUCGCUCAAGAAGAAGACUCGGGCGACUACCUCUUUUCGAUCGGUGAAACGACAUCUGCGAAAUCGAGCGACAUCUGGCUGGUCGACUCCGGGGCGACGCAGCACAUGACGUGCUCCAAGAAGUUCAUGCGGAACUACAAGGGGUUUGACGCUGUGGAUGUCCAUCUCGCGGAUGAUGGAAUCGUCCAAGCAAUCGGCAGUGGGGACAUUGUCAUGUCGAUGAAGACACCCCAAGGGAUGAAGAAAGGUGUGCUCACAAACGUGUGGCACAUCCCAAAGUUAUCCAGAAACCUGUUCUCGGUCGGCCGCUUCACCAAGGAUGUCGGCCCAGUGACGUUCACGAAGGAUGGGUGCUAUGGAGAAGCGAAAGGGACCAAGUGGAAAAUUGGUGCCCGUGAAGGUAAAGGACUGUUCAAGCUGCAAAUGACUCCAGUGGCGCCGGAACAAGCAAAUGCAGCCAAGUCGUCGGGAUGUCAAGGGGGCACCAAGUCGUACCUCUGGCACCUUCGGCUUGGCCACAUAGGUCACGAUGGACUCAAUUGCAUCGUGACGAAGAACAUUGGAAUUGGCAUCGACAUAUCUUCGGUGAAGAAGUGGGACGUGUGUGAAGGUUGUGCUCUGGGAAAACAGACUCGAGUGCGCUUCCAAUCAAACACUACAGCUCGCACCUCCAAACUCCUCGAAGUGAUUCACAGCGACGUAUGCGGACCGAUGUCGAUGGCAACUUUCAGUGGAAAACGGUACUUCGUGACAUUCAUUGAUGACAAGUCAAGAUACUGUGUCGUCUAUCUGCUCAAGAGCAAAUCUGAAGUUGCGGCGAAGUUCAUGGAAUACGCUGCGAUGGCCGAAACGCAAACCGGAAAGCGCGUGAAGUACCUUCAAAGCGACAAUGGGGGUGAAUACAAGUCCGACAAGCUGGCACGAUUCUGCGCGGAACGGGGAAUACAACAAAGGUUCACACCCCCAUAUACUCCUCAGCUAAACGGAGUAGCUGAGAGAAUGAAUCGCACGCUGGUCGAGUGUGCGCGUUGCAUGAUGGAACACGCUGGACUGGGAAAGAGCUACUGGGGUGAAGCAGUGAUGACGGCGAUGUUUCUUCGAAACCGCUGUCCAACACGUGCCAUUCACCAAGACAAGUCUCCAUAUCAAGUGUGGACGAUGAAGAAACCGAUUCUGGCCAACCUUAAAGUGUUUGGAUGCCACGCGUAUGUUCAAGUGCCUCAAGACAAACGCGCGAAGAGCGAUCAAGAUCAGUCGCGAUGCCACAUUCAUGGAAGACAAGUUUGA